AUAGGCGAAACUAUUAUAAAUUCAUUAUACAUACAUACAGUUUUGACCAUACACUAAAGUGAUGCCCGUUGUUACAGUGUUGCAAGAUGAUGCUGACACGACCACAGUUAUGGUUGAGGGACAAAUGUAUAAUUUUGACGAUAGAACAGGGUUUUGGUCGCCAUGGUCUAUAUCAGAUUUUGUUUCAAGCGGAUUAUCUAUUGGAAAAAUCUCAUUGAGUAUGAACUUUCAAAUGGCCGCGAAGGAAAAUACACUCUUUUUUCAGAAGCGUCAAAUUUUGAGGUUAAACAAGCCGAUUUUUACUUAUCCUCAAUCAAAAUAUAAAUUACACAUAAGUCAUCAAAUAGAACCAGGAGAAGAGGGAGGGAAGUCGUAUGUAUGGAAUACAGUUAUAAAAGAUGCCGAGACACAUACGGUUUUGCUUGAAAGAGCCGCUAAGCUUGUUGCCGCAGACAGAUCUUUACGUAAACCAAUUGAACUUCCAAAGUGGUUUAGGCAUAAGUAUAGUGCUCCAAAAGUGAAUAGAUUGAAUAAUUUACCAGAUGGUUUGCGAUCUAAAUCCGUUCCUGUAGAAUUUCCAAAUGAUUGUUUCCAAUGGAGAACAAAAAUAAGAUACAGCGAUCUUGAUAGCUAUAUGCACACCCACCAAUCUGUGUAUACCAAACUUUGUCUUGAUGCAAUAACCGGUGCUGCUUUAUGUGGUAAGCUUCAGCAUUUCAUUACCGAUAUAUGUUUAUAUCCUACAGAAUAUGUAGAUAUAACAUUUAUAGGGGAAAGUGUUGCUGAGGAUGAACUUUUGAUACGCAUAUUACAGAAUCAGGAUGAUGGUUCGAUUCUUCACUGUUUGAUGGAAAAGGACAAAAAGUCUGUCGCCUACUUAAAAUUUAAAAUAGGUCUGACUACACUUUCAAAAUCAAAAUAUUAGUGUGGUCUAGUUUUGAUACUCAGUGCAAUAGAAUAAAAUGUUUUAUAUUUGAAAUGUUG